CAUGCUUAAAGAGACUGUAAUCGUUUGAAGCCUGAAAUAGUUUUUGGUCUUCUCAAUUAUCUAAUCCGAAAUGACAACAACGGUGGCACCGCCACCUUCGUUCAACCCUUCUCAAAACCAAGCAUUAACAUGGCAUCUCUCUCUGUUACCCCCAAACGCUGCGUUUUGCUCUCCGCAUCUCAUGAAGAAGAGCAAGAAGAAGGCAAUGUCUUGGUCAAUUUGUGCUCACUCCUUGCCUUUUGACCUCUCUCCUCCUCCCAUCGAUCAUGACUUUCUGGAUGCUGUCAAAACUGCAGGCGCAGAGGUUUCUGGGGAUGGGAUCAUUGAGACGUUUCAUAAUGACGAUGAAGCCCUGGAUGCUGUGGAAAAUGGGGUUGUGGUUGUUGAUCUUUCACACUUUGGCCGGAUAAGAGUCAGUGGAGAAGAUCGCAUUCAGUUCCUUCACAACCAGAGCACUGCAAACUUUGAAUGUCUACAUGAAGGACAAGGAUGUGACACUGUUUUUGUGACACCAACAGCUCGAACAAUAGAUAUUGCUCAUGCAUGGCUCAUGAAAAAUGCGAUAACAUUAGUGGUUUCUCCGGAGACCUGUAUGACCAUUAUGGAAAUGCUGAACAAGUACAUAUUUUUUGCUGAUAAGGUGGAGAUUCAAGACAUAACUAAGCAAACCAGCUUUUUUGCUAUGGUGGGACCCAACAGUGGCCAAGUGAUGGAGAACUUGAACCUUGGUGAUCUUGUUGGAAAACCAUAUGGUACACAUCAACAUUUUAAUGUUGAUAAGCAGCCUGUAACUGUAGGGGUUGGAAACAUAAUUUCUGAAGGUGGUUUUUCAUUACUGACGUCUCCAGCUGCUGCUCCUUCUAUUUGGAAAGCUAUUCUUGCUCAAGGGGCUAUCCCAAUGGGUUCUAAUGCAUGGAAUAAAUUACGGAUUAUUCGAGGGAGGCCUGCCCCUGGAAUGGAGCUUACAAAUGAAUUCAAUGUGCUGGAGGCCUGUCUAUGGAGCUCAAUUUCUCUAAAUAAAGGUUGUUACAAGGGACAGGAGACUAUAUCUAGGCUCAUUACAUAUGAUGGAAUCAAGCAGAGGUUAUGGGGAAUUCAUCUUUCUGCUGCUGCAGAACCUGGUAGCAUUAUUACAGUGGAUGGGAAAAAGGUCGGAAAGUUGACUAGCUACACUUCUGGAAGGAAGCAAUCCGAACACUUUGGAUUAGGUUACAUAAAGAGGCGAGCUGCUUCGGAGGGAGACACUGUAAUUGUAGGAGACAACAUCAAGGGAACAGUCGUUGAAGUACCUUUUCUUUCUCAGCAACGCCAACCAUCUGCCACUUGAACUUCGUGAUUAUUGAGGGUAUUGAUACCAUUAUUGUGCUUGUGUCGUGACGAUAAUUGGUGUUGUUGAAGAAAUUAAUGCACAAUACUAGAAAAUUUGAUAAACUGUGUAAGGUUUUUUCUUAUCUGUCACAUUUGUGAUGAAUUUGUGUAUCUUAGCACAACUGGUCAAUGGCACCAAUCUAUCGUAAGAAUUCAUCUUUUGCUUCGUU